AUGGAAGCCACCGGCCAAUGUGGACUGUCGAGGGGCUGCAAUUUGAAUAGGAUAUCGUCGUAUUUCCUUUGGAACGAUUCGCGUCUGACUAACACGGUUCGACCUUUCAAUAACGUAGGGAUGUAUCCGAUCCGAUGGUGCUACCAAUGGUUGACACCAACCAACUCUGGACACAACCCAGGACACGACGAAUCAUAUAACAAGGAACACGAACUAUCUAAACAGCGAGCAAGCAGGGCAAUAGGACGAGUAGGAAGUCAAAACAACGAGUCAGGAUGGGAAUUACAUGCAUUGAGUGCGCUAGGUGGACGCGUAGACCUUACCAAUGUCAUGUCAUGCAGAAGUGGCGACCAACAGCGAUGUAAUCAUUGUGAUAGUCUAUAUAUCUAUGAAUAUUACUAUGAACAACAGCAAGCAACACCAUGGACGUGGCGAGGGACCUGGGUGAACAACAGAAUUGAGGAGGAUUGGUAA